AUGGCAAGCCAACAGGACUGUGGUGAAUAUACAGAUCGGAUGGACAUGCGCUCAAAUACCUGGAGACAUAGAGGCCCGAUCAUUCUGACCGUCUCUCAAAUCAGCACAAACCAUGAUCCAAUAACUCAAUCUCCAUCUUCUAAAGGAGGAUUGUCCUUUAUGAUGGAAGAUAUCCAACCUGUCUACUUUCGAUGGAAUAGUCCCUCAAAUCACAUUGUCAGCGAACUACGCAAAGAACCUAGCCUGGUAGUAGUAGGUACAGAACGAGCUGCUGAAGAAGAUUAUACGAGAUUGUUAUUCAAAGGUUCCACACGUCCUACCGGAUCCGGAUCUGGUUCCGCACAACCUUCUGGUAAAUCGGCGUUUAGUGAAAUUUGGUUUCGUGAUGAUCUCAUGAAUAGUAUAUCAUCACAAGAAGGAGAAGAGGAAGUCAAAGUGGAAGGAAUGUGUGUGGGUGUGAUUGAAGCUAACAGGAGUCCAAUAAAUUAUAUUGAUCGGUUCUGA